CCAAGAUUGCUCUUCCCGCGGGGUUGCCCACUCAAGUGCAGGAAACUGCAGAGAGUGUUCUGUAAUGUCACCCCAUGAAGAACAGCCCGUAUCACCCGGUACUGGAGGUAACGCUGUACUAAAGGUCCAAGUUAAACCUGUGAGAAGAACCAGACUUCCUUCUCUUAAGAGACUGAGCUCCAGACUAAAGGUUCACAUUAGUGAUAGCCCGCCUGUUGUCACUGUGAAGGAGAAUGUGAUCACAAAAACUUUCAACCGGAGGGAAUGUUGCAAGUUUGUUACCAGAUCUGCUUCCCCACAGGAUACGAAAUGGUGCAAGUGUGGUCACCAUGAUAACAAACACAGUCCUGUUCAUUGUAAGCAGUCCUUUUCACAUACAGCAGAAUGGAACCCCACCAGCGACACCAAAACAUUCCCGACCAAUGCGUACGGAGAGAUCGACUUCCUUAACGCUGAAAAUGAUGUUUUGCCCCUGUACCUCAGAUGCGAUAUGGAUGUUAAAGUUGAAGAUCUCGGUAACCUGCUACUAAAAAUGUGGGGUAUUCCUCGCCCUAACCUUCUCAUAUCUGUUUUUGGUGGACACUCCAAGUUCGACUCUAAGAAGAUGGGCGCGGAAUCUGAAGUCAAGGAGGGCCUUGUGAAAGCAGCAAAAGACUCAAAAGCUUGGGUGUUCACCAGUGGUGUAGACCAUAAAACCACUCGACGGUGUAACGAUGGAACACAAUACGAUAUGGGAGUAAGUAACUUGGUGGGGGACGCUGUAGCAAUGAAGAGAUCCUUUGUAAACUCUAUUCCUGUUAUCGGAGUCAACUCGUGGGGUGCUGUUUACAACAACCACGAACUAGAAGAGGGUGACGAGCAGGGACGGUUUCCAGCAUUCUACCAAGCAGUGUCUCAGUCUGAGUUAGAAAGGGAUAAUGUGACGAAUAAGCCAAAGUCGAUGGUGCUGGAACACGAACACACUCAUUUUAUUCUUCUCGAUUUUGGGACUAAGAACAAUUUCCAUGAGGAUGAGGUACGGAAGUUCCGGAUAAAACUCCAGGAGCACCUACGAGAAAUAACUGAAGCUCAACUCGUCUCCGUUCUAAUAGAGGGAGGAUGUGGAUCUUUGGAAGAGGCUCACGUGAGGAUAAUGAGGGGGCUCCCCGUAGUGGUGCUAGGGGACUCGGGUAGAAUAUCUAACGUGAUCUCUCUGGCUGUAGACUUGAUUAAACAUGCCAAGUUGCUGGACGGAUCGCUAAGUCCACUGAAGAAUGACGACAGAUUAAAAGUGAGACAGGCCCUUAUCGAAGCAUUGCCCGACUUCGAGGAAAGCAAAUAUGAUGAGCUGAUGGAGAUUGUUGAGGAAAUCAUUUCUCAGGAGAAACUGGUGACGGUGUGGCGCUAUGGGAAAGGUGUCGACCUUGAUACUGCUAUCCUUGAAGGUCUCAUGAAAAGUAUUGCAAACCUAUUCCCGACGUAGAGGACAAUCAGUCCACUCCAACAGGCAGACACGCAACACUCGAUCAAAAGAGAGAAAAGCAAAGAGAGCGAGCAAAAUCCCUAAUGAAGAGGCAGUUAGAAUUAGCCAUACAGUGGAAUC